AUGGGAAUUCCCAUUCGAAGUGGAAAUAUAAAUAUAAAAAGACCCAAUGAAGCAAUGAAGUUCACCAUAGCAACCUUUGCUGGAGUUGUCUUUGGCUUCUUUCUAGGAGUAUCAUUUCCAACACUAGAAUUGACUAGGAUGAAUCUUCCAUCAAGACUUUUACCAUCCAUUGAUCUCACAUAUGUUGAUGACAAUUACUUGAAAAUUCCAACCAAGUCUUUGUGGGAUGCCUGGGAUAAAUUUAUGAGUGAUAGAAGCAUGUAUAAUAAUAGGCUUCACAGAUUGAAUGACACAAAGAUUUGGGUUCCUACAAAUCCUCGAGGGGCUGAAAUGCUUCCCCCAAAAUUUGUGGAAUCUGAAUCAGAUUUCUAUCUUCAUCGUUUAUGGGGCAUGCCUCAUCAGUAA